AUGGCAUCAUCUUCUAGUGCUCGCAGAAGACUAUUAUGUGGUCGUGAGGACCCAUCUGUACUAUAUUUUCAGAGACAACACGUCUCUAACAAUAUAUGGGCUGGAGAACCCUCACAAGACCUACGCUGCAGAAGGUACGAAGGUAUCAUUUGGGAUGUUCCCAUACAUCCUCGUGUCUUGGCGAUUGUAGACAUGAUGGGGUUUGGCGGGAUGUUGAGGUGUGGUAAACCGAAAGAUAUUGACCACCAUCUCAUCACCGCUUUGAUUGAACGCUGGAGGCCAGAGACGCACACGUUUCACUUUUCAGUAGGUGAAGCGACUGUGACAUUAGAAGACGUGGAGGUCAUGUGGGGCCUCAACACUGACGGUGAAGCUCUGACGGGUUACAUCCCCACUAAGGAUGUAAACCAUUGGAAGGAGGUUUGUCUGGAUUUUCUUGGCUUUAUUCCAGAUCAAGUUGAUUUGAAAGAAAUGAACUGGAAGCAGACAGCCUUAUCAGCUCAAUUGAGGAUUGAGUUGAGUGAUGAUAACGAAGAGUACAUAACGAUGUAG